AUGUUGUCCACGUUGGGAAAGAGCGCUCGAAUUGCAGCACAAACAAGAGCGUUAUGCUUGUCGACUUCUUGUGCUAGCAAGCCUGUCGAAAAAGAUGCCAAAAAAAUCAAGGCGGAAGAUUCGAAAUCGUUCGUGAUGUCACUUUUUCGCGGAAAAGGAGUCACUGAGCAAGUAUUCCCAUACCCGUUGAAACUCGACGAUGAGCAGAAGGAAACUCUCGGCAUGGUAAUGGGCCCACUCGAAAAAAUGCUUCAAGAGGUUAACGAUGUCGUCAAAAACGACGAAACUAGUGAUAUUCCAAAAGAAGUCCUCCAGAAGUUCGCCGAACUUGGAACUUUCGGAGUUCUCGUUCCGCCAGAGCUCGAAGGAUCGGGAUUCAAUAAUACUCAAUUAGCUCGUGUUGCUGAAAUUGUUGGAGCUUACGAUCUUGGAUUUGGAGUUGUUAUGGGCGCUCAUCAAUCUAUUGGAUACAAGGGAAUCCUUUUGGAAGGAACCGAGGAGCAAAAGAAGAAAUAUCUUCCCGACUUGGCUACUGGCCGCAAAUUUGCUGCUUUCGCACUAACUGAGCCAACGACUGGAUCAGAUGCUAAUUCAAUUCGUUCGCGAGCUGAACUCUCUCCAGAUGGCAAACACUAUAUUCUCAACGGAGGAAAAAUCUGGAUCUCGAAUGGUGGAUUCGCUGAUGUGUUCACCGUAUUCGCGAAAACUCCAAUCAAGCAAGCUGAUGGAAUCACCAAGGACAAAAUGUCGGCAUUUAUUGUCGAAAGAGCUUUUGGAGGAGUUACCAGUGGUCCGCAAGAAAAGAAAAUGGGAAUCAAGGGCUCGAACACCACCGAAGUUCACUUCGAUAAUGUCAAGAUUCCCGUUGAGAAUCUCCUUGGUAAAGAGGGGGAAGGCUUCAAAGUCGCUAUGAACAUUUUGAAUAAUGGAAGAUUUGGAAUUCCGGCUGCUUGCACUGGAGCCAUGAAACAUUGUAUCCAGAAAACCGUUGAGCACAUCACCACUCGUGUGCAAUUCGGAAGGAAACUCGAAGAAUUUGGAAAUGUUCAAGAGAAACUCGCUGACAUGACUGCUCGUCUUUAUGCAACUGAAUCGGUUGUUUAUAUGCUAGCCUCGAAUAUGGACCGUGGAAUAAAGGAAUUUCAAUUGGAGGCGGCGAUUGGAAAAGUUUUCGCUUCGGAAAGCGCUUGGCACGUGUGCGAUGAGGCCAUUCAGCUUCACGGUGGAAUGGGAUUCAUGCGCGAGACUGGGCUUGAACGCGUCCUUCGUGAUUUGAGAAUCUUCCGAAUUUUCGAAGGAGCCAAUGAUGUUCUUCGCCUGUUCAUCGCCUUGACUGGAGCUCAACAUGCUGGAAAACAUUUGGCGCAGACGGCGUCGUCAGGAAUUGGAGGAAUGCUUGGAUUGGCUGUUCAGCGAGUGACUGGAGGUGGUGAUACUGGGGCAAAUUUCGAUGCUGUUGUGGAUUCGAGUCUCAAGGAUUCGGCUGCAAAAAUCGAUGCCAAUAUUCGACUCUUUGGACAAACUGUCCAGAAUCUUUUGAUCAAACAUAAAAAGGGAAUUAUUGAUCGUCAAUAUGAGAUGAUUCGUGUGGCGAAUGCUGCCAUCGACAUCUACACUUCGAUAUCCGCUGUUUCUCGAGCCACCCAUACCAUCAGGAACAAGUCGGCUAGCGCCGAAUUCGAGAAACAAGUUGUCAACUACUAUGUGAACAAGGCCAUGGAAUCUGCGAAAAACUCCCUUGACGAAGCGGGACGCGGUGUUGAGAACGCUGCCAAGGUUGAGACAAUUGCGAACAUCUCGAAACAGAUCUGCUCGAACGGCGGACUUCCUCUUCAGCACCCUGUCGAUUUGUAA